AUGACUGAGAUGUGCUUGUCAAGCACCCCCAAGAAGACUGCUUCCCAAUUCUCUACUCUCGUACUCUCUGACGUGGUCCUAUUUUUCUCUUUCAUUCUCUCACACCCUCUCUAUUUCGCUUACUUCAUCUUCUUCUCACCAUACCUUCUCAAGCUCCUCUCUUUUCUCUCUCCUCUGUUCAUCACCACUGCCCUCCUCCUACUUGCUUUCCUCACCAUCUCUCCCAUCGAAGCUUCCGAAUCCCAAGCGGGCUUCCUUCUCUCAACGUAUUAUACAGUCAGAGAGAGAUUAUGGUCAGCUACAGAAAAUGAAGACAGGGAGUUUCCUCUCUUUGAGGAGUUUGAAGCUUACAAAAUUAUAUUUGACACGCCUGCUCUGUGUGCACUAGAAAAUUCAGAUGGAGUUCCGGAGUUGAGAUCAGAAGAAAAUUUAGCAGAGAAAACAGUUGAAAUUGCUUGGGAAGAGAAGAGAAUUGAAGGGUUCUUCAAAGGAUUGGAGGAGUUCGAAAAAAUGACUUCGAAUGAAGAAGAGAAGAAAGUGGAGUUAUUAGGCAUCAAAUCCGAUGAAGUUAAAAAAGAAGUGUCUUUUGUGAGAAGCGAAUCUGAGGCAACGGGCGAUAAACUUAGGGAUGACACAGUUAAAAUCAGUACUAAUAGUGAUGGAGAGUACACUGCGGAUAAGCUAUUGGAGAGUCCAAGUUCGCAAGCAUUUGAGUCAAGUCUUGGGAGCUAUGGGUCGAUGAGGAAAGAGAAAGAGUGGAAGAGGACGUUGGCGUGCAUGCUUUUUGAGGAGCGGAACAAUGUGGGCGGUGGUGAAGGCAUGGAUUCACUCUGGGAGACAUACGAAAUGGAUUCGAGCAACAAGGCCAAGCCAAAAGGCAAUAACACCAAGAAGAAGAACAACAAGAAGAAAAGCGUUUAUGAGGAGGAGGAUUACGAGGAAGAGGACGCCGAUGGGCAGUUGUGCUGUUUACAAGCUCUCAAGUUCUCAUCAGGGAGGAUGAAUUUUGGGAUGAGGAAGCCUAGUCUUGUGAAGAUCUCCAAGGCAAUCAAAGGGAUCGGGUGGCUGCACAGCGUGACCAGGCAUGGCAGGAAAGGGUAA